AUGGGCAACAAAAUUGAUUGUUGUUACAACACGCGUUGGUCCUACCAAUGUAUCUUCCCAUGCAUUCGUUUUUGCACAUACACUGGGCGCCGAGUUUGGUACAACUACGACGGAUCGGAGAUGGUCCAGCCCCUCGUGCAUCUCUACCAUCCCCAAGCCACGCGCGUUAACAGUUUGCCGGAAGCUUUUCACGGAAUUGAUGACGACGAAGAUAUUAUGCAUCAAAUGGAGCAGUCCGGUGGUUUGUAGCCAUAAACAAAAUUUAUAAUAAUUACGUCUAAACGAAAAAUGACUGACUGGAGGAACGGGGAAGUUGGCGAAUAAAUGAAACAAGGAAAGCUGUUCUGUGUAAAUUGUAAGGGAGUGGUCAAGUGGAAGCCAUCAAAGCCCCAAAUAACCCCGAGUGUCAUUUUCUCCCCUUUCAUCGAACCAGCAACCGAGGAUCACUAUUAAGUUUAUUUGGAUUGUCACUAUUUUCGUCACUCUUUAAAUAAAGGUUGACCAAUUGAUCAGCCAAGGGCGCUGUCGAGGUGUGCUGAGCCCUUUCACACAUCGCUUUAAAUUUAGAUUAAAACCCAAUUUCCAAACCAACUCAGAAUUUUCACUCAUUCGCUUGCCACCCAAUAAACGCAUGCAAAUUUACACCCCCAACGUCAGGACUAUGUCAAACAGCAGUCGAACCACAGUGACAAGAGAAAACUGCAAAUGGUUAAUUUUUGCUGAUAUUUUGUUUACUCAGGCCUUGACGCCCCCGGUCAGAUUGCCGCUGUAUGCAAGUAUGCGUCGGACCAUGGCUACACCAUUCGUGCUGUUGGCACAGGCUCGUCGUGGUCUCGUCUGACGCACACCAAAGACAUACUUGUAGUCAUGACAGAUUUGAACAGGAUACUGACAAAACCGGGGUCGUACAGGGCUAAUGAGGAAUGCGUUGACAUCGAAGUCGAGGCGGGAAAGCUCGUUGUUGAUUUUGUUGAGGAACUAGACGAGAAACAUGACCGGGCGCUUAAUAUGAUGGGGAAUUACGCUGGCCAAACAGUGGGAGGUGUGGCGAACACUUCUACUCACGGAUCAGGGAUAUUCAGUGGAACCUUGGUAAGGAUAUUCAGCUUGUGGAUAGACAACGGAUAGUCGGGAAUAGGGCUAUCAGCAUUAGUGCCUGUGGCUACACCCUCGCGCAGAGGGGUUUCGUCUCGGGAGAGAAAAGCUUCCAUGGAUUCAACCUCGUUCCCAGGGUUCUCUCCUACCCUGGAACGAGGUUGCCGUGGAUUGUACAAACGGGAGCGCUGAACUUGUAAUCCGCAGGCCUUGAGUUUAAGUCCCGCCCUAAUCACUCGCUGGAUUAGUUCUCGGUAGUCCCCAGUUCAAAUCUUCGAUCAAGCUCGUAAAUAGCCAACUGGUUUGGCUCCGUCUAGUCAGGAUUUUUAACCCCGUUAAGUUUGAUUUGAAUUAUUUGUUUCAGACAUUUUGUCCGCCCCACAAGCAUUAGUGCUAUAAGCACUGUCGAGGGCAAACAAAGAACAUUAUUAUCAUUAUUAUUAUUAAAAACUCUGCUGAGAAUAUGUCUAUGGCUUCCGAGAUACAAGACACAAGUGUUUCAACGGUGACAGCGUUGUAGUCGAGUUUCUUCCCCACCCUUGUUCCCAAGGUCUCUUUCCCUGGAGAGAGAGUGGACGUGAAGAAGAGAGGCCCUGGGAAUAAGGUUUUCACGGCCCGUCCAGUCCUCCCUCCCCCAUCUUGCAAAGGCUAGCUCAUGUCAUAGUUUGCCAGUAAUUUCCAGCUAUAAAGAUAACGACAAUCAACCUUGUAUGUCUCGAUUCUAGUCCACUUUAGUAGUGGGCCUUCAUUUAAUCAUAUCUGGCGGAAUCCAAGUGAAGGUGCGUGGCGGAAACGAAACCAUACAAGCUUGCAAAGAAAAGGUUGACAACGCCAAAUAUGGGGAUGACCCCAUCGAGAUAAACAGUGAUGACGUCCUGAAGGCCUGUGCAGUGGGACUUGGUUCUAUGGGAAUAAUUUACUCCUUAACAUACUGUUGUGUUCCCGUGUACAAUCUGGAGGAGAUCAGAACCUUGCAUCAACAAACCUGGACUUCAAUAGAGGAUUUCGAGGUCCCUCAAUCCUUUGCUGAUAUGUAUACAAACCAAGAGGACGGAGAAUACUUCUCGUUUUUUGUAAAUCCAUACCCAAUAGGACAAGGGUAAGUCACAGCUGUUAUUCACCCGGGGUUUACUCCUAGAAAAUUUAGGUGGGUUGUUCGGCAUGUUUCCUGGCAUGCUUAUCCAGUUUCAAACCAAAAUAUACGAUUGCUGUCCCUACCCUAUUUAAGGCCCGAACCGCCACUGCAAAAAGAAAAAUGAUUAAAAAAACACAUCCGUUCGUAGAAACGUUUUACACAGAACACAAAGCCUCACCCUUUUUCAAAAAUCUGUACCCAAUUUCAGACCAAAGAAGUCAAAAGCUGAAACCUAUGGGGUGGCAGUGAUAUAAAUCUAGCGUGUAUAAGGAGAACCCCCCUGGGAGUAGCCUCAGGAGGGAAUUUAUUGUCCUUUUGUCUUGUUUUCCCCUAGGAUAAACAAGCAGAUCCACAUGGCCUACUUGAAAGCGAAGAGAACAGACAGUUCGCCCACGUGUUCUGCUUGCUGCUCAUGCUGUUGCAAUUGUUGUGGAGGUAGAGGAAUAGCUGAUAUAGGCUGCAUGCAGACAGACUGCACUGCUUCUUGUCUCCAGGGGUGCGCCAAUUGUUGCCCGACCUGCAUUCCACGAAUCACCAAUUUUGGACUGUCACAGUUCUCGCUCAAAAAGCCGUAUGUGCAAAAGUGGUACAAUGUGUUACAGUUCACGAAAGGCAAUAUUCAGUAAGUUACCCGCAUGGAUACUCUACGGUCACAAACUUAUUAUAUCCCAUUAAAUAUUAUGUUUAGAUGAGACUGUAUUAACAAUGUCACGAGUCGAAAUUAAGGCUGGAGAAUACCCGGUGAUAUCUUGAAAUUAACAUUUUCCUCUGUGGUUUUAAUUUGCAUGAUUUGCUUGCAAGUCAAUUUUCCUCCUCAAAUAAACUGGACAACGAGAGCUGAGUAUUGAGAUCAGCAAAUAAAAACACUUUUCAAAUGCCAACACUUUUGUUUUAAAUGUCUGACUAAAUAGCCAAUAUUUGAAUUAGUACCCACUACAGCCAGCUGGAGCCUCCCUGUGACUCAAAAUUUUGCACGGAUAAUAUCUGCGAAUAAGAGUAGUACAUUGUCCAGCUAACAAUACGUUUUUUGGAGAGGGAAUCUAAUUAACUUGUGGGAUUUUGUAAUGAUGCAAAAACGAAGAUAACGUCAUAGCCUUUUAGUUUUACAAAUGCGAAAGCAAGAAGACAUAAAAAGGACAAAUUAAAUUAGUUAUACGUAACUAGUAGUACAGCUUGUAUGUUAAACGAGAGAUCUAUGUGUUAGAAGACUGCGGAGUAUUGUAUAUAAAAAUUGUCCUCAGAAGCCUUUUUUAAUUACUCAGGUACGGUUGUUCAUCGUUAUUUCUUGUUCUUAUUUUUGCUGUUGUUGUUGUUAUUUCUAAUUUACUUGAUUUUGAGCGGUAUAAAAUAUUCUAUCUAAGUUCUUAGGCUUACUUAUUUGAUUUGAAAUCUACUUAGAUUUCAGCGUUUCUCAUACUUUGAGAAAGCUUAAUCCUUUGGGAUGCAGGAUUCUAAUUCUAAUUCUAAUCGUAUAAUCUGCAAAGGGUAUAUCCCAUCACGGGAGAUAUUCAAGUAGUUUUAAAAAUCUUGUUCCUUCUUUUGUUUCAGUGUGGCCACCGCGGAAUGGUGUUUGCCGCUGGAGCACCUGAAUAGUGCCUUGGGUACGGUCAUACAGUUGGCUCAAGAUUACGCAGUUAAGCACAAGCAGUACACUUUGCUGCCUAUAUAUGUGAGACUAGUGAAGACGGAUGAUCUGUUUUUGAGCCCAGCUAGCAUGUUUAGACCUGACGGAAGCAGUACCAGUGAACAUAACUGCUAUAUUGAGGUGAGAGCACAGGAAGGCCAUACACUUCACAUGUGUAACCACAUAGAAACCGUACUGGAUGAUUAAUGGUAGAGCAAUGCGCUGCUUCAGAAGUGAUAUUUUGAGCGAUUUUAAGGGAUCCAGCGUUUGUCGUGACUGCACAUAUAUCAAAAGUUCUCGUAGCACAGUCCAGUCUUUCAUGACGGACAUCUCUAUAAGACGGACACCUCUCUAAAACGGACACCAGGAGUUGGUCCCUGCCCGUUCUUUGCUCCUUCCAUGCAGUUCACUCUCUGAGGGAAGACACUUCGUUCAAACAAACACUUAGUACCUCCUGUCUUGUCCAUUGUUGAGAGAUUUUACUGUAUUCGAUCUAUAUUCUGAUCGGCUAACGGUAGAGUUUGACAAAACGAAAAGGAUGGGAUUCCCGUCGGGGCCGGGUAUUUGGAACGUUACGAUCCGGCGACGCGAUGGCAGCGAAAACUUACUCGAUGGACGCCUUUUGAGUUCUCCGUAAAUAUUUUCUCCGCAUGGCCAGCCACUUAACGCAGCUGGCAUUUGCUAUCUCUAAGUAGCUGCGCUCUCUUUUUUGCUAAUUUUCAACCCGUAAUUUACUUCUCUGUGUGUCCCGAGAGCAUUUAUAUAGAUUCAUUAAUUGAUUGAAUCGAAGUAGCUUUGAAAGUGGAUCCUGGGCGUAUCUCCUCGUUACUUUGAAUAACAGUUAACUGUUACAGGUAAUUAGAUUAAAAGUUGUUACACUAUUAAGCUCAGACAUCUUUCAAGACCCUCCACCCCCUCAAAGAGCCUUGAAAAGAAAGAAACCUCUGGUGGUUUAAUAAAACUUUUACUGUGCGUUCGCUUUAGGUACCAUUCCUCCCCGGAGCUUUCGGAACUGAAGAGUUUCAAGAGGUGGUGGAAAACAAACUCUUCGAAGAAUUCAAGGCAAGACCACACUGGGGAAAGAAUAACCGGCUUAACGAAAUGAAGAUCCGCGCUCUCUACGACAAUGAGAAGUUGCAAAAGUGGAAAGACGUGUACAGAAUGUUUAACAAGGGAGGGCACUUUGACAAUCAGUUUACCAACAAAAUGGGUUUUAAUUUGUUUCCUACUAUCGACGAACAGCCAACUGCUUAGAGACAAACGUUAACUUUCUUUCGCGUCUUUCGUAGGUAUCGCUGAUCUUUUUUUCUGACAAGUGACUCCAGGGAACUAGGCAGUUGAACGUUUUUGUUGGGACCUUAGUCUGAUCUGCUCAUACUAGUACUGUAGAGCAACUCUGCAGUAUUUGAAGUUGUGGUGGUUAAUAUAAAAAAUGUUAAAUUGUAGAACUAAACUGUUUACAAGCGGGGUGAAAUCCUGAUUUGUUGUAUGGAAUUUGCUCGUAUGUAUUCGAGAGUGUUUCUUAAAAGGGGAGAUAAGUAAGUAAUGAUAACGCGAACGUUUAUUAAGUGAGGCUAAUUUAAGUGAAGUAGUACACGACGUUAAUCCUCAAAACGACUUGCUUCUAGCUCGAGAAACAUGACAGCGUUUAAUUAACAAACAAAUUCAUCGAAAUUCAAGUAUGUAAUCAAAUGGUAAUAUGGCAAAGACAUUGUAAAGAAACAAAAUAAAUAAACUUGUUUGGUGAAACUCGCAGCGUCGCUUUUCAACUUGUUUAGCAGCAAUGAAUGAAAACAAGUUUACGUUUUUGUUGCCGUUUCAGCGUAGCUCAUACGCUUUAACAUAAAGUAGUUAUAGCAUGAAUUUAGAUAGUGAUAAUGAAUAUGAUUUCUCUUCUUAUUUUACCGUUUUCGUCUUGCCAAAAAAUGUAGAUAGCAUUUGACUGGGUGAGUGAGAGAAGAACAAGACUACUCAAUGGCUACAAUCUUCUACUCGAAUUUUGCACUCUGAACUUUUUGUUGGUUUAGGUAACUUGUUGGACUUGUUAUCUCAAUUUUGUUUAUGUAAAUGCUCGUGAUCUUAUCUAUAGAAACCAGUCUGGGUUCAGGAAGCUGCACAGCACAGAGACGGCGAUCGCAUAUAUAGUUAUUUAAUCUAGACAAAAACAAGAUUAACGGUAUGGUCUUUGUUGAUUAUAAGAAGGCCUUUGACAUGGUUGAUCAUGCUACUUUGCUAAGCAAGCUUGAAGCCUACAAUCUUGAUAAAAACGCUUUACUCUGGUUCAAGUCAUAUUCAAUUGGUUUCAUUCAUGGGACAGUCAUCGUCCAUUGGGACCGUAACAGCAGGUGUGCCACAGGGUUCCAUGUCGGGAACCCUUGCUUUUUGUUGUAUUAUCAAUGAUCUACCCUAACAUGUCCAUUCUCAGGUCGACAUAUUUGCUGAUUGCACCACUCUUCUGGCGGC